AUGAUAUAGGAAGAAGUGUUUAUUUGCUAGUUUCCAGACUGCGACAAGAAAUUUACUACUAAGUUUUCUCUCAAAAGGCACUACUACAUUCAUUCAAAGUAGAAAACAUUUUAAUGUGCUUACUGCGAUAAAUCAUUCGCUCUACCUUAAUAUCUAAGAGAACACUAAUAUACGCAUACCAAUCAGGAGCCAUUCGUAUGUGGAGUCGAGGGGUGCACCUAAUCUUUUAGGUAAAGAGGUAAAUUAUCUCUACAUAGAAGAACUCAUAACAACUUUUAAAAGAAAGAGUACCGUUUAGUGAACUCAUUAGAUGAAUUCGACAAUAAAAACAGCUUAUUAGGAGUUAUACAAAAGCUCAAGAGACCAUUCUCUGAGGCAGAAAAAGAAUACAUUGCUUGCGAACUUAAUAAAUAAACUGGUACUAAAAUUUCCAACUCAGAACUCAUAGAAUUCGUAAGUAAGAAUGAGGAGGAAUGUGCAAAAUACCUCUGUAACUACUGGGCUCCAUUAAAGCGCCGUCGAACCAAUUACAACUAGAGUUAAGACAUUGUAGUUACUAAGCCAUCUGAUAAACAAAAUGAAAGGAAAUCCUCUGAUUCUGAUCUACUCCUAAAAUAAAUAGACACGAAUUUCCGUAAUUCUGAUCUUGACCAUUGUAUUAACAAUGAAUUCAACCUACUAACUAAGGAUCUUGGAAAAAAUGAUCAUGAAGAGAUCGAAGCGGUAAAUAUAAAUAUUCAAUGCUAAAACAUGGAAAAAAUUCAGGCAAUUAAUAGUUAGAUUCAGAUCAGUAAUAAUUCUGAUGUUUGUGGAAAUAAUAUGGAGUCACUAAGCAUAAUUACCUCUACAGAUUGUGAGGAUGUCCAUGAAACCUUAAAAAAUGCAAGCUUUACUAGAGAGCAGAUAGUCUAGACUAAUGACAACUCAGCUGAAUAAAUGUAAAACUUCAAUUAAGAUAAGAAUGAAUAGCAAGAGGUAAUAAAACCUAAAACUUUAAUUGUUCAACACAGCUAGCCAUCAUAAACUUCACUCUCGAGCAUAAAUAUCUUAAACCACUCAUAACCAGUCAUUAUCGGUAGUCAAUCAGCAAUACCAUCCUACUAGUCUCUCUAUCAAUAGUCUUCCUAGAAUCCACUAUAGAGCUUGCAACAUCAAUAUCAAGGUAUGUUCACAAAUUCAGGCUUUAUCAUCGAUUAGAGGAUUCCGCAUAAUGAAUUCUAAUCAAUGAGUAACUGUAGCAAUUAUAGUAUUUUUCCAGGCUAAAUGAAUGGAAUGAUAAAUAGAUUGCCUAAGUAAUGA